CAACAAUUCAUUCUGAGAAAGCCAGCGCUCACAUCUACCUACAAUCUCGCUGUGGCUAGCACUUCCUCGAGGCCUUCGGUCCUAUCUGACCUACCCCAGUCUCCUCUCUCUAGACCUUUCAUCCUGCUGCGCACAACAACACCUCGGCCCAGGCGGCCUCACUCGACCUAGAAAUGUCCUACUACCAACCUACCUACGGUCAGGGCUCCGGUGCAGCACCUUCGAACCUACAAUUCUUCCCUUCAUCUUACACGAAUGUCUCGGGACACACCACACCCUCACAAGCAUCCUAUGGCGGAUAUGGCUCCGGGAAUUCCGCGCCCGCAUACGCAGGCUACGGCGCAGGCACAUCAGGAGGCUUCGGAGGCGGCCCAGGCAUACAAGGCGUAAGUGGACGCAUGGGCGAGUCUGGUGGACUGCGGACAGGCUGGCUAGCCGCGUUUGGAACCGAAGGAUACGAAGGCGAACCAGGACUAAUGGAAGAGUUGGGCGUCAACUUUGGACAUAUCAAGACCAAGACUCUGACAGUCCUGAAUCCGUUGACACGCCCAUCCCCGCACAUCAUGGACGACAGCGACUUAUACGGCGGUUUGCUGUUCCUUGUGCUCUAUGGCACUUUCCUCGCACUCUCCGGCAAGUUCUUCUAUGGAUAUAUCUACGGUAUUGCGCUUUUCGGGUCCAUAGCGCUACAUUGGAUGUUCGCGCUCAUGACGCCGCCGGUAGAUCCGAACGACUCCGAUCAGAUGGCGCAGGGGCAGCGGGAUCUUGCGAGUGGCUCGGGACAUGGAGGGCAUUUCUCGAGUACCUUGACAUAUUCGAGGAGCGCCAGUGUGUUGGGGUACUGUUUUCUGCCGCUGGUGUUCACGGCCCUGUUUGGUGUCUUGCUUCCGAUGGAUACAGGACUCGGGUAUGUCCUUACGGCGGCCGCGGUGGGUUGGUGCACGUUCAGCAGUUCGGGCAUGUUUGUGAGUGUGGGGAGAAUGAAGGGCAUGCGUGGACUUGUGGCGUAUCCCCUGGCGCUAUUUUAUCUGGGCUUUGGCAUCAUGGGCAUCUUCUCGAGCAGGGGAAGCGGAAUGUUGCAGGGAAAGGUCCUAUAAGAGGAGACGACUCGUUGAGAGCGACGAAGGACGAGUAGGGAAACUGGGUUAAACCAGCAUUUCAGACGGAUGAGAUGACCACCUCUGGACUAGGACACAGGCAUGAGAUCUUGACAUGCCCGUAGCAUGUAGGACUGGGAUGUCUGGGUUAAAGUGGGUCCUUGUGGUCGUUGCCGUACCACGAGAGACAAUGGCACAUGAAGAUCAGUAUUGGUAGCAGUAGGCCAAACUUACAAAUGACUGCUGCCUUGUGUAGAAGCAGAAUCGUUUUGAUUUCCGGGGUAGGCUAGAAGCCAUGAUGCUUGCAGGUUGAAGUAUUUUCCGAUUUGUCACAGAUUAUGAGACAGGAGCAUUACUUACACAUC